CAACACUGAUAUAAACCCGGUGCAACAGCUGUUGCCUGCCGAUAAUUAUUUGUAUUUAUUAAAAUAAAAUGGCAUUGUCUCGCGCAAAUCCCGACCAGCUGCCCAAAGAUGCCGUUAUAAUCUCCGAAGAUCAAGCUUUGAAGUACCAAUGGAAGAUAAUCACAGCCUGGGAGAAAACUGGAGAGGUAUGGUCCCUGCGCUAUACGCCCGGGAUUCUGAGUGCUAUGGCUGCUGCAACUGGCGCCUAUAUUAACAAUCACUACCGCACCAAACUGCGGCUCGGCAGCCAUGGUCGGCUGUCCAGUUAUAUGCCAAUUGUGGUCGUACCCGCCAUAUUCACCAUGCUCACACACAAGUUCUUCGUACAGCGUCCCAUACUGCUGGACCCGCUGGGCGAGUGUCCGCUUUGCAGACAAGUACGAGGGGCAGCGUUCCAAACUAGCCUUGGGAUCGUGUACCCCACGAUACUGGCGCCCUUCGCAGCAUUUAUGUUUGCCACCCGCUGUUACACAUACCGGUUACCAUCGAUUACGGAGAGCCCCAAGCAAGUGUUCAUGCUGUGGCGACAGUUUACGCGCCCCAUAGUACCCACCCUGGCUACCAUUAUAGCCUUCCAAGCUUUCCUGGCCAUGUACUUGACAUACAAGCAGGAAAAGCAGAAUUUCAGCGUGAUGCUGCGCAUGAAGGAGAUCGAGUAUCAGCUGGAACAGGAGCAUAUGCCACAGCGGAUCGAAUUUUAAGUGUUUUGUUUUGUUAAAUGAUAUUAAACAUUUUUAUC